AUGGACCCAAAUGACAGUAAAAACGCGGACCUGUCAGCCGACUCAACAAGUGAAAGACAGGAAAACGCGGCAGCAGGAAUCGAAACGCAGGAUGAAAAUCCAAAGAACAUAGAUGAAGAAGAAAAAAUUGCAGGCGUAGAAACAAAUGAAAAUGCUGCAACUGCUACCAAUGAUGUUGUAAAUGACACAAAGGCGGGGGCGACGGACUUUGAUACUUCGAAUAAGGACAACAACUGUAGCAUGGAUGCUACUAUCAACGCCACCGACGCGAACAGCCAAAAUAUUUCAAAGGGAAACUCGACCGAAAAACUGACGGAAAAUGGGGAAAUCAGAGAGGGUGAUAAUGGCUUGAAUGUGCAAGACACGUCUAAAUUGGUCAAAGAAGGAGAUGAACACGUGAACAAAAAGGAGGCUGAAAAGGAGAUCGAAAAAGAGUCUCAACAUGAGACUGAGAAGGAGCACGAAAAAGAGAACUUUCCAAGUAGCCAAGUCAAACCCCUUGAGGGCGGCGCUCCCAUGAGCAAACACCAAGAUAUCACCUUUCCCCCCAAAGUGCCCCCCACAUUUAACAACAAUGAGCCGUUAUACAUCGAAGUGAAAGGCCUCCUGCAGGUCCUUAACGCUCAGGAUUUUGCCAAAAACAUGAGUAUGGAAAGUUUAAAUUUAGGAAAAAAAAACGAAAAUGUAUCAAUCAGCAAACGCUCACUUAGUGUGCCAUACAAAGGAGUUUCGAAAGGCAUUCCAAAGGACAUUAACAACAGACAAAGCAGUAAAAGCAAUAAUGCAGCUGCUCAGAGGUUUCCAGGGUUGCCCAAAUCAGCAGAUCUGAUGAAAAGACCCCCUCUGCCAAUUAAGUCGCCCAUAAUAAAUCCACCACUUACUACAUUGAACAAAACUAACCUUCAUAAGGAGGGAAUUACUACAGGGAAGGCGUUAGACACUGGUAAAGGAAAAAGCAUUUUUCGAAAUUUACCAAAGAAAAUCCCUUCACCGGAAGUAGUAAAGAUAAAGCCCAAAGCAAUGAUUAAAAUGAAUUUUGUCCCAUCCAAAGAAAUUAGUAAAGAGGAAAAAGAGAAAGCACUGCUGCCAAAAGAAAAAACAUUUUUUAAAAUUCCUCCAAAAGUGUUACCCUUUCUGAUUAAAGAGAAAAAUGUUAAGCAUAAGGCUCCUCCCAAGGGUAACAUAAAACAUACGUUGCAUUAUCUUAAGAGAGCUGUAGAAAUAGGAAGCAAAGGAGUUGAUGAAUCUGCGACGGAAAGGAAAGAAGUUCCAAGUGGGAGGGACACUAGCAAUACAAGAAAGAGCUUACUAAUCACUCGAAAAUUUAUAGAAAAGCCAAAAAAUACACAAAAAAGUAACCCCUUAAGGAUGGAAGCUGUGAAAAGAGGAAAGGCAAUUUUAGACACAAAGAAAAUUUUAGCCAAAAAACCCAUUUCCAAGAUGCUAACCCAAUCGAAGACAAUGGAAAAGGAUAGAAAGAAAAAGUUUCUGCUUAAGAGUAUACAAGAGAAAGAGGCACAGCCGUCGGAGGAGGCUCCUCCUGUGGAGACCACUUCCCCUAAAUUAGACAACACCGCAGAUGUAGAUGUUGAGAAGAGUCCCGAAAAGGAAGAAAAACCGACCGAGGAAGGAGACCACACGAAGAAUGAACAGAGAGACGUAAAUGAAGAUACCAAGGAAGAACCUCCCCAGGUAGAUAAGGAAGAGGUCGUAGUAGUUGACACGGAACACAUCAUAGAGAGGGAAAAAACGUUAGAACAAAAAAAUGAAUCCGAAAUGGAAAAUUGUGGGAAAGACAUAUACGACUUGAUGAGAAGCGAAACGGAGAGGCCCGAAGGGGCAGAUGAAGUAGUGGGGGAAGUGGUGGAGCAAGUCGUGGGGGUCCAACAGGUAAAAAAGGUGGACGAUGGGGAUGAGCACACCGAUGCGAGUGGCGAUAACGAGUUGGAUGCAGUGAUGGGAGAAAAAAAAGAGGAAAAAGAAGAUAAUUCCGAAAAGGCGGAUGGUGAAGGGGAAAAGGGAAAUUCGGAUGGUAGCCGAAAGGGCGUAGGGCCGGAAGAGUUGGAAGAGGGAGAGAAGGGCGAAGAAACGAUCCAACCAACGGAGCCAGCGGAACCGGCGCAGUCAGAAUCAGACGAGAAAAAGAAGGGGCUCGAAAAACUGAACGAAGCGAAAGAGGCGAAAAGGACAAAAUUUGAGGUAAAGAAAGGCGCGGACCAGAAGAUAAACAAAAAGGUACCAAAAAGAGGCGAUAACGCACCGGCAAAAAAGGAUGAGGGUGGGGCGCCUCUAACCAUGAAGACCAUUGGAAAGGCUCCUCUAACCAUGAAGACCAUUGGAAAGGCCCCACUCACCAUGAAAACCAUUGGAAAAGCCCCACUCACCAUGAAAACCAUUGGAAAAGCCCCACUCACCAUGAAAACCAUUGGAAAAGCCCCACUCACCAUGAAAACCAUUGGAAAGGCUCCUCUAACCAUGAAGACGAUUGGAAAGGCGCCUUUAACCGUGAAGCAAAGCGCAAAGCCUGAAUUGGUCCUAAAACACAAGGCAACAAUGAAAGGAGUCCCAACGCUACUAAAAUUAAAGACAGAUACCACAGGAAACAUAAAAGACAAGAAGAACUUAAAAAAUGAAAAAAGCAGCGACCCGAUAAAAAGUGCAACUAGCAAAAAUUCGCCCCAAAGAAAGAGCACCCUUCCUUUGAAGAAAGUUAACACUUUUAAGAAAGCUACAUUGAGCAAAAAUUCUUUGAAAGAUGUAGAUGCAGAAAAGAAGAAGCUUCUAAAAAAGCUAGAUACAUCUAUGAGUGAUAAAAAUGGGAAGAUAGAUGCAGAAAAUGAUUCCAUUUCCAUGUUAAGUAAAAAUGUGUCCAAGAAAGUUUCUUCCACAUCUAUUAAAAACGCCUUGUCCAUUUUUAAGAAAAAAACUUUGAGUAAGUCCAAGACGGACAAUAUUCAUGAGAUCAUGUCGAGUGGAGGCAACCACAACGCAAUCGUGUCGUCCAAAUCAGAAAAUAUUCACAACAUGUUGGAGCAAAAGAAGAAGGAGAGAGAAGCGGAAGAAGCAGCACCAGAUGAUGAUGAUGAAUUAUUUACAAAAAAGUUGCUAAGUUCGAAGGAUCUAAGAGUGGGUGCAAAAUCGAGCUCAUCCAAUGAGAGCGAUCAUCAAAAUGCAAAGGAAUCGCCUCCUCCCAUGAUAGAGAAGAAUGAAGAAGACAUCGGAUCCAAAGGGGGACAAGAAUUGCCCAAGAUGGUAAUAAAAAAACCGUCUUUGCAGAAAUCCAAAUCGCUUAAGAAGCUCAAGUCCAAGUCGAGCAAAAAAAUGAGCAUGAGUGAUGACAUGUCCAUUGGGGAAGAGAAGGUAACUAAGAAAAUGGCCAAGCUCAGUAGCUCCAAGAAGAUAAAAAGUGCAGUAUUGCAAAUGAAGGUGGAGAAGAAAAUGAAAAAGCUGAAAUCAGAAACAACAUUACACAAGGGAGCUAGCGGCGUAAAUAAAAUGAAAGAUAAGAAGGGCCCCAAGAAAUCUAAAUCGACCACUGGAAAUGGCAACAGUAAAGUUGCGAAAGAAGGAGUGGGUAGCGAAUCCUUGCUGGAAAAGGAAUUAGUCAAAAUGAAGUCUUUUAAGGAUAAAUGGAAUAACGAUUUCGUGACUCCUAGGAUAGGAGGCAUGGAUUCAUCCAAUAGCUUUUUUGCUCAUGACAAAUCGGAAAUGUCUAACGCUGAUGCGUCCGAUGAUAAUGUUCCCCACUCCAUUACCUCUCCUUCGGUGGCGUCCAAAAAGCUGCGAAAGAAGAAAAAAAUGAGCAACCGCGUAAAUGGGCCUAUCCGCACAGAUGACGCUCCCAAAAAGAGGGGAACCACCGGGAAGGCUAAAAAAAUUGCCGCGAGCUCCAGCAUCAAAUCUAUGGAGAAUAGAACUGUGAGCGACUUGGAGCAGGAAGCACACCCCCUCCUCCCAGGCACACAUAAAGACAGCACCACCACGACCACCAAUACUAACACGAAUACUAACACCAACACCAACACAAGUGGCGAAGAAAGAAGAAACAGCGGAGAAGCAAACGGGGGCAUGUCAAACCUGAGAAACGCUUCCCUGUUAAAUUUUAACCGAAUCAAAUCGGCCAACACGUUGAGGAAAUUAUCAGUCCAAGUGAAGUUAGAAUCGCCCCCCACGGAAAUGCCAUCCCGAGGGGAACCCAAUUUGAAGGUAAACAAUUUAUGCUCGAAAACGCCCGCAGUGGAUACAAGGACAAGUGGGAUGAUCACGCAAAAUACCAGUUGGAUGUUUGACAAAUGUUGCUCAGCGGGGAAUACCAUCCCUCACUAUGUCUACGAGAGAAAAGAACCCGCGGUUCAGAACUUCAGCUCCCUCUUUAACGUCAAUAAUAAGUAUAUGCCGCAAAGCACGAAUGCGCAAAUGGCUCUCCUCUCUCGCAACAGCGUAAAGGUGUCAAAUAUUUACGAGUCUGAUUUGCUGGGCAGGGGUGAGUGGGCGUUGAAUAGGCAGAUUCUUCGUGCGUCGCUGGGCGGCAACAAGGCCAACGACGGGAGCCCCUUGCGCAGACCGGUGAGCGGAUUGGUCAGUAGGCCAUCGAGAAGUCCGAUGGUCAGCGGGUUGAUGAGUAGCCGGCCAAGCAGGCCGAUGAGCAGUCAGGUGAGCCGGCCAGUGAACGGUCAAAUGGGCGGCCAAAUGAGUGGUCAAUUCAGCGGUCAAAUUGGAGGCCGAUUGAACAGCCAAAUGAGCGGCCAAUUGAACGCCCAACUUAGUCACGAACUGGACGGAGAGAAUAGCCUCCCCCUGAGCUGCAAAAUGAAUUCUGGAUCAUACUCCAGCAAAUCACUCCUAAAUAAUAGCAGUCCCCUAGAGUUAAGAAGAAGGCCAUCCUGCAACACAACAAUGAAUUACUGCAGUUGUAUAUAG